AUGUUCCUGUUUAAUACACCUCCUCAGAGAGGCGGACGGGCUGCUAAAAGGCAGAGUGAUAAACAAAGCAGGAACGUUCAGAGACAUUCAGCCACCCUAAGUGGGUCUGAAAGUAGAAGCAGUACUUCUCUAGACUGUGACAAGGGCGAACAUCCAAGACAUAGACAUACAAGUACUCGUGAUCGAGAGGGAGGAGACAGAUAUCACCGCCAUAGACACAGAAGGCCUAGGCGUCAAAGUGUGACCAAGGUGCAUGCUCCCAAACAUAGAAGAGACAAAGCAAGGAAUGACGACAAACCAAUCAAGGCCAGGGAUGAAGAGCAAUCAGACACUGGGACAUCCCGAAGUAGACGUGAAUCAAGGGCUAAUGCUUCUACGAAAACGAAUGUCAGGCAGGCAGAUGAUGGCGAACAACCUGGCCUCAAAAAGACAACUAGUAGACGCCAGACAGGGGUUGGCUCUGCUCCAAAAAAGUCUAAAGCAGAGCCAGGCAAGCAGAAGGCAGGUCAUGGUAAAAAACAAGUGGAAGAGAAGGCAACACUUAAGGGGCACACAACAGUCCCUGUUUCAGGCCCCAAAAUGAAAACUAAUUCAGAGCCGAAAGUUGACUCGGUCAGUUCCACAAAGAAGGCGGGCAAAGUAAAGAGGGUUGCUGAAGAAGACGAAAGGAAGAAUACAUACCCAAUCAGAACACAACUGAGGCCAACAGCUGAUGAACCAGAAUUUAAUUUAUCACAACAGCCAUCUUCAUUCCCUAUGGAUGGUUAUGAGAGUGUAGAUGCAGGAAGUGUAGCAUAUGAGAAUUUUGAAUCAGAAUAUGAGGAAAGUACAGAAAACACAGAAGGUUCAGUAGAUUCAGACGAAUAUGAUGAAUAUGACAAAGAAGAUACAAUGCAAACGUCCCAUCUGCAACUAGAAAACGGUAGUGGAACGACAGGCCGGCGUCUACCACGACCUGCUAUGACUCUUGGCAACUUCGCUGCUACGCAAGGGUUUUCGUCGAGCGGAGGUAGUGGUCAGAUGUGUGUGAUAUCUCCUCUCGGAGGUGGACACGACGAUACAGACCAGGUACUCGACGCGAUUGAAAAAUGCGGGACGAACGGACAUGUUGUUUUGCAACAUGGCGAUUUUAAUAUCACUAGGAAGAUGACAUGGAACUUGACGAACUCACUUGUGGAUCUAUUUGGAGUGUUAAGCGUGCGUCAAGAGCUCUUCAUAACACCAGAUAACUCCCUUGAAUCAAACGGAUGA